AUGAAGCUCAUGAUAAUCAACAAGGUGCACAAAACCUGCCCCCCUCACCCCCUCCCUGUUGCUGGGGACCCCCAGUGGGAGGAGCAGGCCGGCUGGAAGCCACGAGGGCUCCACUUCCUGGUGUUUGACACAGAGGAGGUCCACGACGUGCUGCGCAUCUGGGAUGGGCCCGUGGAGAGUGGGGUCCUGCUGAAGGAGCUCAGCGGAGCGGCCCUGCCCAAGGACCUGCACAGCACCUUCAACUCGGUCGUUCUGCAGUUCAGCACCGACUUCUUCACCAGCAAGCAGGGCUUUGCCAUUCACUUCUCAGUGUCCACAGCCACGUCCUGCAACGACCCUGGGGUCCCACAGAACGGGAGCCGGAGUGGCGACAGUUGGGAAGCCGGAGAUUCCACGGUGUUCCAGUGUGAGCCUGGCUAUGCGCUGCAGGGGAGCGCGGAGAUCAGCUGUGUGAAGAUCGAGAACAGAUUCUUCUGGCAGCCCAGCCCGCCAACGUGCAUUGCGCCCUGCGGGGGAGACCUGACGGGACCAUCAGGAGUCAUUCUGUCGCCAAAUUACCCAGAACCUUAUCCACCAGGCAAGGAGUGUGACUGGAAAGUGACCGUCUCUCCAGACUACGUCAUCGCCCUGGUAUUUAACAUCUUUAACUUGGAGCCUGGCUAUGACUUCCUCCAUAUCUACGACGGACGGGACUCCCUUAGCCCUCUCAUAGGAAGCUUCUAUGGCUCCCAGCUCCCAGGCCGCAUUGAGAGCAGUAGCAACAGCCUCUUCCUCGCCUUCCGCAGUGACGCGUCCGUGAGCAGUGCGGGCUUCGUCAUCGACUACACAGAAAACCCACGGGAGUCAUGUUUUGAUCCUGGUUCCAUCAAGAACGGCACGCGAGUGGGGUCCGACCUGAAGCUGGGCUCCUCCAUCACCUACUACUGCCACGGGGGCUAUGAGGUUGAGGGCGUCUCUACCCUCAGCUGCGUCCUGGGGCCUGAUGGGAAGCCCGCGUGGAACAACCCCCGACCAGUGUGCACAGCCCCCUGUGGGGGACAGUAUGUGGGUUCAGAUGGAGUGGUCUUGUCCCCCAACUACCCCCAGAAUUACACCAGUGGACAGAUCUGCCUCUAUUUUGUCACCGUGCCCAAGGACUAUGUGGUGUUUGGACAGUUCGCCUUCUUCCACACGGCCCUCAACGACGUGGUGGAGGUGCAUGAUGGCCACAGCCAGCACUCCCGGCUCCUCAGCUCCCUCUCGGGUUCCCAUACAGGAGAAUCGCUGCCCCUGGCCACCUCCAAUCAAGUUCUCAUUAAGUUCAGUGCCAAGGGCCAAGCACCAGCCAGAGGUUUCCACUUUGUCUACCAAGCGGUACCCCGAACCAGCGCCACACAGUGCAGCUCUGUGCCGGAACCCCGCUACGGCAAGAGGCUGGGAAGUGACUUCUCGGUGGGGGCCAUCAUCCGCUUCGAUUGCAACUCCGGCUAUGCCCUGCAGGGGUCCCCAGAAAUCGAGUGCCUCCCUGUUCCCGGGGCCUUGGCCCAGUGGAACGUAUCAGCGCCCACCUGUGUGGUGCCAUGUGGAGGCAACCUCACGGAGCGCAGGGGCACCAUCUUGUCCCCUGGCUUCCCAGAGCCCUACCUCAACAGCCUCAACUGUGUGUGGAAGAUCAUGGUCCCUGAAGGCGCUGGUAUCCAGAUUCAAGUCAUCAGUUUUGUCACAGAGCAGAACUGGGACUCUCUGGAGGUGUUUGAUGGUGCGGACAACACCGUAACCAUGCUGGGGAGCUUCUCAGGAACAACCGUGCCUGCCCUUCUGAACAGCACCUCCAACCAGCUCUACCUUCAUUUCUACUCAGAUAUCAGUGUGUCAGCAGCCGGCUUCCACUUGGAGUACAAAACCGUGGGCCUGAGCAGCUGUCCAGAACCCGCCGUGCCCAGUAACGGGGUGAAGACUGGCGAGCGCUACCUGGUGAAUGACGUGGUCUCUUUCCAGUGCGAGCCGGGAUACGCCCUCCAGGGCCACGCGCACAUCUCCUGCAUGCCUGGAACCGUGCGCCGCUGGAACUACCCUCCGCCGCUCUGUAUUGCGCAGUGUGGGGGCACAGUGGAAGAGAUGGAGGGGGUGAUCCUGAGCCCCGGCUUCCCUGGCAACUACCCCAGCAACAUGGACUGCUCCUGGAAGAUAGCGCUGCCCGUGGGCUUUGGAGCUCACAUCCAGUUCCUGAACUUCUCCACCGAGCCCAACCAUGACUUCAUAGAAAUCCGGAAUGGCCCCUACGAGACCAGCCGCAUGAUGGGCAGAUUCAGUGGCAGUGAGCUUCCAGGCUCCCUGCUGUCCACGUCCCAUGAGACCACUGUGUAUUUCCACAGCGACCACUCCCAGAACCGGCCAGGAUUCAAACUGGAGUACCAGGCCUAUGAACUUCAAGAGUGCCCAGACCCAGAGCCCUUUGCCAAUGGCAUUGUGAGGGGAGCUGGCUACAAUGUUGGCCAAUCAGUGACCUUCGAGUGCCUCCCAGGAUAUCAACUGAUUGGCCACCCCGUCCUCACAUGUCAACAUGGCACCAACCGGAACUGGGACCACCCCCUGCCCAGGUGUGAAGUCCCCUGUGGUGGGAACAUCACCUCUUCCAAUGGCACUGUGUACUCUCCUGGCUUCCCCAGUCCAUACUCCAGCUCCCAGGACUGUGUCUGGCUGAUCACCGUGCCCAUUGGUCAUGGCAUCCGCCUCAACCUCAGCCUGCUGCAGACGGAGCCCUCCGGAGACUUCAUCACUGUCUGGGAUGGGGCCCAGCAGACAGCUCCACAGCUUGGAGUCUUCAGCCGGAGCUUGGCCAAGAAAACAUUGCACAGCUCGUCCAACCAGGUCCUACUUAAGUUCCACCAUGAUGCAGCCAUGGGUGGGAUCUUCGCCAUCGCCUUCUCUGCUUAUCCACUCACCAAAUGCCCUCCUCCCACCAUCCUCCCCAACGCCGAAGUUGUCACAGAGAAUGAAGAAUUCAACAUAGGUGACAUCGUUCGCUACAGGUGCCUCCCUGGCUUUACCUUAGUAGGUAAUGAAAUCCUGACCUGCAAACUUGGAACUUACCUGCAGUUUGAAGGACCACCCCCAAUAUGUGAAGUGCACUGCCCAACGAAUGAGCUUCUGACAGAUUCCACAGGUGUGAUCCUGAGUCAGAGCUACCCAGGAAGCUAUCCCCAGUUCCAGACCUGCUCUUGGCUAGUGAGAGUGCAGCCAGACUACAACAUCUCCCUCACAGUGGAAUACUUUCUCAGUGAGAAGCAGUAUGAUGAGUUUGAGAUCUUUGAUGGUCCCUCUGGACAGAGUCCCCUGCUGAAAGCCCUCAGUGGGAAUUACUCAGCCCCCCUGAUUGUCACCAGCUCGAGCAACUCUGUGUACCUGCGCUGGUCGUCUGACCACGCCUACAACCGGAAGGGCUUUAAGAUUCGGUAUUCAGCUCCCUACUGCAGCCUGCCCAGGGCUCCACUCCAUGGCUUCCUUCUGGGCCAGCCCAGCACCCAGCCCGGAGGCUCCGUCCACUUCGGAUGCAACGCCGGCUACCGCUUGGUGGGACACAGCAUGGCCAUUUGUACCCGGCACCCCCAGGGCUACUACCUGUGGAGCGAGGCCAUUCCUCUCUGUCAAGCUCUUUCUUGUGGGCUUCCUGAGGCCCCCAAGAAUGGAAUGGUGUUUGGCAAAGAGUACACAGUGGGGACCAAGGCUGUGUACAGCUGCAGCGAAGGCUACCACCUCCAGGCAGGUGCCGAGGCCACAGCAGAGUGUCUGGAGACAGGCCUUUGGAGCAACCACAAUAUCCCCCCACAGUGUGUCCCUGUGACCUGUCCUGAUGUCAGCAGCAUCAGCGUGGAACACGGCCGAUGGAGGCUCAUCUUUGAGACACAGUACCAGUUCCAGGCCCAGCUGAUGCUCAUCUGCGACCCUGGCUACUACUACACUGGCCAAAGGGUCAUCCGCUGUCAGGCCAAUGGCAAAUGGAGCCUCGGGAACUCUAUGCCCACCUGCCAAAUCAUCUCCUGUGGAGAGCUCCCCAUCCCACCCAGCGGGCACCGAAUUGGAACACUGUCCGUCUACGGGGCAACGGCCAUUUUCUCCUGCAAUUCUGGCUACACGCUGGUGGGCUCCAGGGUGCGGGAGUGCAUGGCCAAUGGGCUCUGGAGUGGCUCCGAAGUUCGCUGCCUUGAAGAUGAGAAGAACUUCAGCUCCUCUGCAAUUUGCACUCUUUCCUCAUCUCCCACCAAAGCUGGGCACUGUGGGACUCCCGAGCCCAUCGUCAAUGGACACGUCAAUGGGGAGAACUACAGCUACCGGGGCAGCGUGGUAUACCAGUGCGACGCUGGGUUCCGCCUGAUCGGCAUGUCCGUGCGCAUCUGCCAGCAGGAUCACCUCUGGUCGGGCAAGACCCCUUUCUGUGUGCCAAUUACCUGUGGACACCCAGGCAACCCGAUCAACGGCCUCACUCAGGGCAACCAAUUUAACCUCAACGACGUGGUCAAGUUUGUGUGCAACCCCGGGUAUGUGGCUGAGGGGGCCGCUAGGUCCCAGUGCCUGGCCAGCGGGCAGUGGAGCGACAUGCUGCCCACCUGCAGAAUCAUCAACUGCACAGAUCCUGGGCACCAAGAAAACAGCAUUCGUCAAGUCCGUGCCAGUGGCCCACACAGGUUCAGCUAUGGCACCACUGUUUCUUACCAGUGCAACCACGGCUUCUACCUCCUGGGCACCCCGGCGCUCAGCUGCCAGGGGGAUGGCACGUGGGAUCGUCCCCGCCCCCAGUGCCUCUUGGUGUCCUGUGGCCAUCCAGGCUCCCCACCCCAUGCCCAGAUGUCCGGGGACAGCUUUACUGUGGGAGCAGUCGUGCGUUACAGUUGCACCGGCAAGAGGACUCUGGUCGGAAAUGCCACCCGUAUGUGUGGGCUGGAUGGACACUGGACUGGCUCCCUCCCCCACUGCUCAGGAACCAGUAUGGGAAUCUGUGGUGACCCGGGGAUCCCAGCACAUGGCAUCCGUUUGGGGGAUAGCUUUGCCCCAGGCAGCCUGAUGCGUUUCAGCUGUGAGGCUGGCCACACGCUCCGGGGAUCAUCUGAGCGGACCUGUCAAGCCAACGGCUCAUGGAGCGGCACGCAACCUGAGUGUGGAGUGGUCUCUUGUGGGAACCCCGGGACUCCGAGCAACGCCCGAGUCAUGUUCAGUGACGGCCUGGGCUUCUCCAGCUCCAUCGUCUAUGAGUGCCGGGAGGGCUACUAUGCCACGGGCCUGCUCAGCCGACACUGCUCCGUCAAUGGCACCUGGACAGGCAGUGACCCGGAGUGCACAGUCAUAAACUGUGGCGACCCUGGAAUUCCAGCCAAUGGCCUCCGGCUGGGCAAUGACUUCAGGUACAACAAAACAGUGACAUUUCAGUGUGUCCCUGGCUACAUGAUGGAGUCACAUAGGGUGUCUGUGCUGAGCUGCACCAAGGACCGGACGUGGAAUGGUACUAAGCCAGUCUGCAAAGCUAUCAUAUGCAAGCCACCUCAGCUCAUCCCCAAUGGGAAAGUGGUGGGAUCCGACUUCAUGUGGGGCUCAAGCGUGUCGUAUGCCUGCCUGGAGGGGUACCAGCUGUCCCUGCCUGCAGUGCUCACCUGUGAAGGGAAUGGAUCCUGGACUGGAGAGUUGCCUCAGUGUUUCCCCGUGUUCUGCGGAGAUCCUGGCGUCCCAGCCCGUGGCAGGAGAGAGGACCGAGGCUUCUCCUACAGGUCAUCCAUCUCCUUCUCCUGCCAGCCCCCUCUGGUGCUGGUGGGCUCUCCACGGAGGUUUUGCCAGUCGGAUGGGACGUGGAGUGGUACCCAGCCCAGCUGUAUAGACCCGACGCUGACCAUGUGUGCAGACCCCGGCGUUCCACAGUUCGGGAUACAGAACAAUUCCCAGGGAUACCAGGUUGGAAGCACAGUGCUCUUCCGUUGUCAGAAAGGUUACCUGCUUCAGGGUUCCACCACCAGGACCUGCCUCCCCAACCUCACCUGGAGUGGAACCCCACCCGACUGUGUCCCCCACCACUGCAAGCAGCCAGAGACGCCAUCCCAUGCCAACGUUGGGGCCCUGGACUUGCCCUCCAUGGGCUACACACUCCUCUACUCCUGCCAGGAGGGCUUCUCCCUCAAGGGUGGCUCUGAGCACCGCACCUGCAAAGCAGAUGGCAGCUGGACAGGCAAACCACCCAUCUGCCUGGAGGUCCGGCCUAGUGGGAGACCCAUCAACACUGCCCGGGAGCCACCACUCACCCAAGCUUCUGUUCCUGGGGAUGUUUUUGCCAAGAACUCCCUAUGGAAAGGAGCCUAUGAGUACCAGGGGAAGAAGCAGCCGGCCAUGCUCAGAGUGACUGGCUUCCAGGUUGUGAACAGCAAGGUCAACGCCACCAUGAUUGACCACAGUGGCGUGGAGGUGCACUUGGCUGGAAUUUACAAGAAAGAAGAUUUCCAUCUCCUGCUCCAGGUUUACCAGAUUACAGGGCCUGUGGAGAUCUUUGUGAACAAAUUCAAAGACCGCUGGGCUUUGGAUGGGCAUGUCUCGUCAGAGUCCCCCGGAGGCACCUUCAUCUACCAAGGCUCGGUCAAGGGCCAAGGCUUUGGGCAGUUCGGCUUUCAAAGACUUGACCUCAGGCUGCUGGAGUCCGACCCCGAGUCCAUCGGCCGCCACUUUGCUUCCAACAGCAGCUCGGUGGCCGCUGCAAUCCUGGUGCCUUUCAUCGCCCUCAUCAUCGCGGGCUUUGUGCUCUAUCUCUACAAGCACAGGAGAAGACCCAAAGUCCCGUUCAAUGGCUAUGCUGGCCAUGAAAACACAAAUGUCCGGGCCACAUUCGAGAACCCAAUGUACGACCGCAACAUCCAGCCCACAGACAUCAUGGCCACCGAGGCGGAGUUCACAGUCAGUACGGUGUGUACAGCGGUAUAG